GCUCUUGCUUUUAGUGUAGGAUAUUUUGUUUUCUUUAAUUACUUUUUCUAAUUAAAAAGUAAUUAACAUUUAUAACAAGAUUAGGUAAACUAAUAAAAGAAGAAAGUUGAUUUCCCAAACGAACAGAAAAUUUUUAUAAUCAUGAAGUGUUUUUUGCCGUUGGCGCUUUGCCUGUCGUUGGCCUUAGCCGAACCACCACUCGGCGACGGUUACCCUGCCGCUCGAUCAGGCCAUCACCACCACGACCACAGCAACCACGGCUUCGAAAUCCAAAGAUCUCUCUCUCAAGAAUACGGCCCUCCCUCUACCAAGAGUUUUGGAUCAGCUCGCAACUCUCUAUCGCAGGAGUAUGGUCCUCCAAAUGCCAGAAGCGGACUAGGCUCACGAAAUGCUCUCUCAACGUCGUACGGACCGCCCAGCGCUCGCAGCAUCUCCCAAGAAUACGGACCACCCAAUGCAAGAUCUGCUAACGCACGCAAUAGCCUGUCCCAAGAGUACGGAGUACCUAAUGCACGUUCCAUUUCUCAAGAUUACUCUGCUCCAUCAGCACAAGGUCCUUCCCAAGAAUACGGCGUCCCAAAUGCUCAUUCAGCGAACACCCGAAGCGGCCUAUCUCAAGAAUACGGCCCUCCUGGUCUACGCAACGUCGACUCCUACUCCCAAACUCCAUCUACUCAGUACGGUGCCCCAGAUUUCCGUUCUAAUCCAUCACGAGGAUAUAUCCCUUCGCAGCGGAGUUUCGGUUCGCCUUCCCAGAAAUAUGGCGCUCCCAGUCAGUUUCGCUCCUCUCCUUCUCAACAAUACGGCGCCCCUUCAGCCAGAACCAAUGAUAUCUCAAGUUAUUCCCCGAGUUCAUUCAAAUCAUUCGGGGCCCGUAGUUCCGCGCGACCGUCCCAGUCUUAUGGCGCUCCGUCCUCUCGCUCUCUCUCCACGCAAUACGGUGUGCCUGCUGCAAGGGGUUCUGACUCUUAUUCCCAGGGCUUUGGGUCGCCUUCCCAAUCGUAUGGUGCACCGUCUGCUCGCGGUCUGUCUGACACUUACGGUGCUCCCGGCGCGAGAGGUCUAUCUCAGGAGUAUGGCGCGCCAUCUAGAGCAGCUGACUUAACUACCGAUGCUUUCGCAUCUUCAUUCGGAUCUACAAGAUCAUCUCCCUCUGACAAGUACGGCGCCCCUUCAGUCCGAGACUCCAUGCCGUCCGAGGAGUAUGGAGUCCCGAACCAAUACAGCUCUCUCUCCAGCCAGGGCUACGGAUACGCCAGGAAUGCUUUGGAUGAGCUGCUAAACCAGGAGCCAGCGAACUACGACUUCGGCUACAAAGUGAACGACUACAUAUCUGGAUCUGACUUCGGCCACACGGAGACCAGACAGGACAACCGCGCGGAAGGGUCCUACUUUGUGGUCCUACCCGACGGGACCAAGCAGGUGGUGGAAUACGAAGCAGACGAGCGCGGCUUCAAGCCCAGGAUCUCAGUGGAGCCAGUCCGUGCCAGGGGGUAUGACGACAACGCAGCUGACACAGCCAGGAGCGCCGAGGGUCCUUAUUAGUGUCUCUCCCAUCAGUGGGACGCAGCGAACCAAUCACAUUACUGUGUGGUUGUCGCAGUGUCACAAUACUAUAUUGUGAUUGGUUCACUGCGUCUCGUUUCAAAAACUCACGACGAUUCUGAAUGGCAAAGUCGCACUACGAACAGGCUGUGACGCGAAGACCGAGGGUGAAAAUUAGCUUCGAUGGUUCGGUUGUGAUUUUACAAUCGGUCGACUGCACGACGCCAACCUUUGGAAUGCUAUUGCCUAUCAGUUGCCUAGGCUUUACGUCCCUUAGUCGCCUCAUACUAUAACCGCGGUUGGAUUUGGUGUCUCAACGUUCAGGUGUGCCGCAUGAAAAUUCCGCGGCGGUACGUGUAACUAUUAGUUUGGCCACGUUGUUGUUGUCAGCGUCUGUGGGGCCGCUUUCAGGGACCUCUUGUUCGAAAUAUGUUCCUUCCCAUAGUUGGCUUGCAUUUCUUAUAUAUAAAAGUAUACUUUUAUCAUAGUUUCCUGUGAUAAAGAUUCUAAGAUGUUGUAAAGUCAAAAAGUCAGUUAUCAAAUUAUUUAGUUCUUUUAUUGAAUUUUCUUACGCUUAGUUAUUGUUCUAUU